GUAUAAAAGCUUGUUUGCGAAGCUUAGUCCAUCUGAAGUCGUCGCGAUCGGUUGACGAAGAAUUUUGCUCGCUGCAGGAGUCACAAAGUAAUUUCGCCCCGUGGAGAAUAGUGGCUGGAUCACCACCAACGGUGCGGAUUUUUUACUAUCGAAUUGCAUUUGAACGAACGAAUAGAGAUUCUCCUGUUUAAAAUAGCCCAAACUAAAAUGUAAACUCUAAGUGCGGAGUGUUUUAGUGUUCCAAAACAUGUAAUUUUCUCGGCCAUUAAAACAGUUUAACGGUAGUGUUGAAACGUUGAUUGUUUCCUAGUGCCGUCAUAACAAUCGUAAAUAAAGUGUAAAUAGAGAGUGGGCUGGAGUGCCAGGUAGAGUGCGGGAUUACACCGACCUUAAUAUCGUGCCUUUGUACCACGUUCCUGAUUAACUGCUAUAUUAGUAACAGGACAGAACGCCGUAAUGGAACCGACUCGGUUUAAAGUCUCACAGCCUGAUACAAACUCGAUCAAUGAUGAUUCCCCCCGUCAUUCGGGGAUUACCCUUCGGGCAUACAACCUGAUGCGGAAAACCUCAAGAAAGAUCAGUGCCAAUGAAACGGACCAGAGGAAAUUCAGCUUCGCGCACCUCACACGAGAGGCAUUACCACGAUUGGACAACUACCGGUUAUCAAAACGGGCGCUAAAGCGACCAUCACUUGGUGCACUUCAUGGCGAAAUAAUCGAAACUCCACAGUCAUCGUCACAAGAUCCAGAAGCUCCAACCGCCCCUCAUACACAAAUCAAGCUAGGAUGGAUCAAUGGCGUAGUCAUCCCAGUAUUACUCAAUAUUUGGGGAGUAAUGCUGUUCUUGCGUCUGAGCUGGGUAGUAGCACAAUCUGGAAUUAUACAAACCCUUGUGAUAAUCGCUAUAUCUGCAGUGGUUUGUGUUAUAACAACGCUUUCACUGUCAGCAAUCAGCACGAACGGGGAGGUGAAAAGUGGUGGAGUUUAUUUCAUAAUAUCCCGAUCAUUGGGUCCUGAAUUUGGAGCGUCAGUUGGCAUUGUUUUUGCAUUUGCAAAUGCUGUAGCAGCAUCUAUGAACACAAUAGGUUUUUGCAGUUCACUGAAUGACUUGUUAGCCAGCUUCGAUUUGAAAAUUAUCGACGGAGGUAACAAUGACAUACGCAUCGUGGGAGUUGUCACAAUCCUCGUAUUGAUCCUUAUAUGCUGUGUAGGCAUGGAAUGGGAAUCGAAAGCUCAAAACUUUCUUAUCGUCACAAUCGUUCUAGCAAUAUUCAACUUCUUGAUCGGAGUAGCUAUAGGUCCAGGAGAUGAUAAAGAAAGGAUAGCAAAAGGAUUCGUUGGUUUCAGAACUGACACAAUGUUGACAAAUAUGGGACCAGAUUAUAGAUUCAGUGAAGGUUUAAAUCAGGAUUUCUUCAGUGUGUUUGCUAUAUUCUUUCCGAGUGUAACUGGAAUUCAGGCAGGCGCUAAUAUAUCAGGGGAUCUUAAAGAUCCAGCCAGUGCUAUUCCAAAAGGGACACUACUUGCUCUCUUUAUUUCUAUGUUGUCUUACGCUACAUUUGUAUUGUUUGCUGGAGGAGCGGCUCUACGUGAUGCUUCAGGGAAUAUUGCUGAUGUUGUUAAUGGCACACUAAGCCCACAUUUGGAAUGUACUUAUACUAAUUCUUGCCCGUAUGGCUUACAAAAUUCAUAUUCUGUGAUGCAGCUGAUGUCGCUCUGGGGACCACUUAUUUACGCAGGAUGUUUUGCAGCAACUUUAAGCACUGCGCUAACUAAUUUGCUAUCCGUGCCUCGUUUAAUCCAAGCACUUGGAAUUGACAAGAUUUAUCCUGGUCUAAUUUUCUUCUCUAAACCAUAUGGAAAGCAUGGUGAACCAUAUAGAGGCUACGUACUAACAUUUUUCCUAUCUGCUGCCUUCGUUUUAAUUGCCGAACUCAACGUUAUUGCUCCAUUGAUAUCCAAUUUCUAUCUUGCAUCUUAUGCUCUUAUCAACUUCUGUACAUUCCAUGCAGCAUUCGUCAAACCAUUGGGUUGGAGGCCAACAUUUAAGUAUUACAAUGUAUGGCUGAGUCUCGUCGGCUUUGUCAUGUGCGUUAUCAUAAUGUUCUUAAUUGAAUGGAUAUCAUCAUUGAUUACUUUCGUUGUAAUAUUCGCUUUAUAUUUAAUAGUGGUUUAUCGCAAACCAGAUGUUAACUGGGGAUCUUCGACUCAGGCUCAAACCUACAAUACAGCCCUUAGCUCAGCACAAAAACUACAGACGAUUUCCGAUCAUGUUAAAAAUUAUCGGCCUCAAGUCUUGGUGCUAAUUGGCGAUCCGAAGACCCGCCCACCUCUACUAGAUCUCGGCCAUCUAAUCACCAAACGGACAUCAUUGAUGAUUGCUGGUAGAGUUAUAUCGGAGCGCAUCAACUACAAAACUCGAAUGAACCUUUUGAAAGAAGGACAAAAUUAUAUGCGUGCGAAAAAAAUGAAAGCCUUCUACACAAUAGUUGAUGGACUUUCAUUGGAAAAUGGUGUAAACGCAUUGAUAAAAGCCUCUGGAUUUGGAAAAAUGGUUCCAAAUAUGGUUCUGAUGGGUUACAAACACGACUGGCGAACAUGUCGGAAAGAAGAUCUAACUGCUUACUUCAACAUUCUACAUCUGUCGUUUGCAAGUCGAAUGGCAGUCGCUAUACUUCAUCUUCCAGAUGGAUUAGAUUUCUCAAACGUGAAUCAAGACUUCAAACUGGCUUCAAGUGAUAGUUUUGACAAUUUGGAGGCCGCAGCCCAUGCCCACCGUCAUGCCGGUGUCUGUGACAAUCCUGGCUUACAAAUACCAAAAACUUCAGAAAUAUUUCAUAUCGACUCAAAUCUUAAUUUGGCGGGAAUGGUGCAUUCGCCUUCGUCGGAUGUGCUAACGGAUCCUAAACCUGAAGCUACUAUGUCAAAUGGAUCGAACGCUUCACCUUUGGGAAGGAAUAAAAGUCAUGAUGAUUCAACCACGACUCAAUCGAAUUUGUCAGCAUCGAAUUCCGAAGCUGAUAUAGUGUAUUCAACCAAGGGAGGAUCAGAAGUACCAAAGUCAGUACUGAAUGCAUUGACUUACUUCACACGGAAACAACCGAAAGCAACAGUUGAUAUCUGGUGGUUAUAUGAUGAUGGAGGUCUAACUAUGCUGCUACCAUAUAUAAUUUCAACCCGCUCGACUUGGGCCAAUUGCAAAUUGCGAGUUUUCGCAUUGACUAACCCAAGACAAGAGUUAGAACUGGAGGAAAGAAAUGUUGCAAACCUCUUAAAUAAACUACGAAUCGAAUUCUCAUCACUAGUCAUGUUACAAGGAAUUAACGAAAGACCAAAACAAGCAACAAUUAAUGCCCACCAACAGCUUUUAUCUCAAUUCCAAGAAGGAGUGAAUAAUCAAAUUUUCGUUUCUGAUGUUGAAAUCCUCACAUUACAAGAAAAAACGAAUCGACAGCUACGACUCCACGAAAUGCUACAAGAACAUUCCAAGGAUGCAUCUUUAAUUUUUAUGUCUCUACCAAUGCCCAGACAGGAGGCAGUAUCUGCUCCUCUCUAUAUGUCGUGGCUGGAAAUGCUAACAAAAGACAUAUCAUGUCCUUUCAUCCUCGUAAGGGGGAACCACACGCCAGUUUUAACAUUUUAUUCUUAGUUUUUAACUUAUCGAUCUUGGUUUAAAGUUUAGAGGAUUUGUUGAAUCGACUACAGUACAUGACCCCCACAAAUAUAAUAGACAUAGCUGCGAAAGUAUUAUUACUGAUACAGUCUUACAAUACUAUUGUUAGGUCAGCAUUCAAAUUAUGUACCAAGCAGUAUUUAUUUCAAACUAGAAUCUUCGCGUCAAAAAUUGGAGUGUGAAUGAGGUUAUAAUUUACAAAAAUACAACUCCGUCCAAAAGAGUUCUUGAACUAAAUUUAGUUUCACAUUCUUUUCAAAAAUUGUUCUUCCGUGUUUUCAUUUUUUAAAUUCUCGACCGCACUUUUUUUGAAAUUUUAAAUGAUUGUCCAUUCUGAAAAGCUCAACCUAUGCGUCGCAACAUAUGUAGUUCAUGAUAUUUCGUGAAGGUUACUCGCCAGAUGUUAGUUAAAAGUGUAUAUGUGAUAAGUAGUUUACGUGAAAAACUUUCAAUACUUUUUGUAAGAAUUUGUUGUAUAUGAAUGUAGUUUAUUUUUAAAUUACGAAUAAUUGCUAAUGCACGUAUUUUUUAAAAUUAUUGAAAUAAAAAUGUGAAAUUUUAGUGAUUCUUCAA